AUGCAUAACACAACUCCAGAUGGUGAAGUGCACGAAAGCUUCCGAAGUGAGAAUGUCUUGUUCUUUCCAGUAAGUGACUCGAAAUGGGUGCCAGAACCAGUAGGCAGUGUGCCACGGAUAGACUACGGAGAUCCAUGCGUCCCCGGCUUCGAAUUCACGCAACCAGAAAUUGAUUUCUCUUUCGGCUUUACAGACUUUUUCUUGGAACGAGAUGUAUACCGGCAUCCUGAGCGGCAAGGAAGGCCAGGCAAGAUGUUCAACAAGAUCCACGACAUUUACGCACUGUUCAAGACUGCAUGCGAUCCGUUCGUCAUUCAGGCACAACUGUUCAAGCAAGCGCAGUGA